AGAAUCGGUAUGUAAUUGUUUCUAUAUGAGAGGCGUGCAAGAAAAAGAAAGUGUACUUUCUACCCAAUAGGCAAAAGCAUAUGCUAAGAGAGCUUCCUUUUUUGAUUCCUGCAGCAGUUGCUCAUCCUAGAGAAUAUCCAUUCAAAAGUCCCUUCCGUCCCCACAGAUUCCUUCAAAAAAUCGUUUUCUUCCUCUAAAACCCAAACCCACAAACAAUUCCCUUUACUUAAUUAAUCGUAAAUCCGUAAGGUUCCGCAACGAAACUCUUAUAUUUUACUCCCUCAAUCAUUCAUCAUGAUGACUUUAACUUCUCCCUCUAUAAAUCCCACUCUCUCUCCUCCCCCUUUCUGCAGAGCCACUACCUCUUCUCCUGCUUCUGCUUCUUGUUCUUGUUCUCGUUCUUCUUUCUCAGCUCCUGUUUGUGUCAAGUUUCCUCAUUUCCAAUCCUCUAAAGCAAAACCCAUUUCCCUUUUUGUGAGAGGAGCCAGGCAAAGGACAAAACUUGUGGUUAAAGCAAGCGAUAAUAUGACUAUUACGGAGGUUCGGCCUGAAGAAGAGGAAGAGGGUCCUCCUCUUUUGGACACAGAGAACAAUUCCAGCCCUCGUCGUAUUGCUCUCUUUGUUGAGCCUUCUCCAUUUGCAUACGUGUCAGGAUAUAAAAAUCGGUUCCAGAAUUUUAUUAGAUACUUGCGCGAAAUGGGUGAUGAGGUGAUGGUUGUGACAACACAUGAAGGUGUGCCCCAGGAAUUUUAUGGAGCAAAGUGUAUUGGAUCCCGGAGUUUUCCUUGCCCCUGGUAUCAGAAGGUACCCCUAUCUCUAGCAUUGAGUCCUAGAAUAAUUUCUGAGGUUGCUCGGUUUAAGCCUGACAUAAUACAUGCAUCGUCACCUGGGAUAAUGGUUUUUGGCGCUCUUAUUAUUGCAAAACUGUUAUCUGUUCCUAUUGUGAUGUCUUAUCACACUCAUGUACCAGUAUACAUCCCAAGAUACACAUUUAGUUGGCUGGUGAAACCGAUGUGGCUGGUUAUAAAAUUUCUGCACAGAGCAGCAGAUCUUACUCUGGUUCCAUCAGCUGCCAUUGCGAGGGAUCUCCAAGCAGCAAGAGUGACAGCAGCCAAUAAGAUACGUCUUUGGAACAAGGGUGUUGAUUCUGAAGGCUUCCACCCCCGUUUCCGCUCUCAUGAAAUGCGGAUAAGAUUGACCAAUGGUGAACCAGAAAGACCAUUGAUAGUUCAUGUUGGACGACUUGGAGUUGAGAAAAGUUUGGAUUUCCUCAAGAGCAUCAUGGACAAACUUCCAGAAGCACGAAUUGCGUUUAUUGGAGAUGGACCUUACAGAGAGGAUCUGGAGAAAAUGUUUUCGGGUAUGCCUGCAGUAUUCACUGGAAUGCUAGGAGGUGAAGAGCUCUCUCAGGCUUAUGCCAGCGGGGACGUUUUUGUCAUGCCUUCCGAAUCUGAGACACUUGGGCUUGUUGUUUUGGAGGCUAUGUCUUCCGGUCUUCCUGUGGUUGCAGCCCGGGCAGGUGGAAUCCCGGACAUAAUUCCUGCAGAUCAGGAGGGGAAGACUAGCUUUCUCUAUAACCCCGGAGAUGUUGAUGACUGCCUAAGCAAAUUACAACCUCUGUUGCACAACCAGGAACUUAGGGAAGCCAUUGGAAAAGCGGCACGCGAAGAGAUGGAGAAGUAUGACUGGAAGGCAGCGACUCGUAAGAUACGCAACGAGCAAUACAACGCUGCCAUUUGGUUUUGGCGCAAGAAGAGAGCACAGUUUUUGGGACCCGUUCAGUGGCUGAUUAAAUGUAUUUUCCCACCAUCUCCAGAAGUCAACUGCAGGUGAAAGUAAUCGUAUUCAGUAGAUUCAGAUUCUGCUUUGUUUGUAAACUCAUUUUAUUAGACUCGAAAGAAAUCCUUGUGGGAUUGCGUGUGAUUGGUUGUAGUGUAUUCAUUUGUUGUAUAUAAUUGAAUCAAUAUUCUCAUUUCUUUUUCCAUAUUGAUGUGUUUAUUUUGGGAGCAGUUCUAUAUAUUA